AUGCGUAUUAAAGUAAGUAGUUUAGGUUUGGCCACCAAAAUUGUAGAUGUUGACCGCGAUUGCAUUCUAUCUGAUUUCUUGCGGAUAGUUAGCGAACAAUUGCAAAGUAACAGUGCUUUUGAAUCGCUUCGAUUUGGUUUCCCGCCACAGGUCGUUGAAGUGGAUGACGAAACCAGUAAAAGCCAGAGAAUAGAGGAUCUGGGCAUAAGCUCGGGCGAAAAAGUGGUUUUGGUUCGCAAAGCAGAAAAAUCGGGUACAGAUUCCAACUCCACCAAACUAGGGCAGCAGCACCACAGCGAGAAACAAACUCGCCGUAAACUGCAGGAAAACCAAAUCUCGUUGGCUGGUAUUUGGUCAGAUUGGAUUUUGCAGCUCCAUUCGGUUCCAGACGACAACUCAUGCAUGUUCCAUGCAAUCUCGCACUGCAUAUAUGGAGAUCUCUCUCAUUCAGAUUCGUUUCGAGAGGAAGUUGCAGCACAGGUAAUUGACGAUCCAAUGGAGUACUCAGACGCUAUUUUAGGCAGACCUAACCGGGACUACGCACAAUGGAUUCUGAAAAAAAGUUCGUGGGGUGGUGGCAUAGAGCUAGCGAUUUUAUCCAAAGCGGUGCGACUGGCGAUCUUCGUGCUGGACGUAGACGCUGGCAAAUUCGAAAAGUUCAACGAGCAGCAUUUCGAGGAUUUCAUCAUGGUAGCGUUUAAUGGGGUACACUACGACGCCAUGGAAAUAGUGCAUGAGAAAACGGGCCAAAAAACCCGAGUCUUGAGUCAGCGUUCCGAGAAGAUAAACCAGGUGCUUGCACGGGCACGAGAAGUAGCUGUGGAGUUGAAAAGCAAGGGGUUUUCCUUCAACACAGCGCGCGACCGCAUUAAGUGUAACAUAUGUUCAGAGAUUCUGAUAGGAGAGAGAGAAGUUGCGCGUCACGCGGAGAAGACGGGCCACGUUGAUUUUGGACAAAGCAAAUGA